AGUUGUCGUGAGUACAGCAGAAGGAGAUUGUGGAGUUGCGCUGCUGCCGCUGUCAAUCUUCCGACCAUGAAACUAGUUUACUUCUUGGUGUUAUAUUGUUUAUGCAUUUCGGUAAAUGCACACCCCCCAUGGGUCUGUAAUCAGACAGAACUUGCUGUUAAUGCAGGUCACACAGAAGGUAAUACUACUACUCAUAUUCUUGGAGGUCUUACAAAAGCUAAUGUCAGUGAUCCAAUCAUCAAGAAUAUAUCAGCUUUUGCACUGCCUACAAUUGAUAACAGAUUAGAUGGAACUUUCAAGAUAGCUCGAAUUGUCAGUGCAGAAACUCAGGUUGUUGAAGGUACUCUUUAUUACCUCCGGCUAGAAGUUUGUACCACCAACUCCAACAGGGGAGAAGAUGAUGCCAGUUCCGAGUGCAUUCAAACAGGAGAAGCGAACAAGUACCUGUGUGACGUACAGGUGUGGGAUAGACCAUGGCUGCCUGAACGUGAAGUUUCAGAACUAAAUUGCACUGCAAUAAAUGCAAGGCGGAAAAGAGAGCUUGCUGUUAAUGCAGGUCACACAGAAGGUAAUACUACUACUCUUAUUCCUGGAGGUCGUACAAAAGCUAAUGUCAGUGAUCCAAUCAUCAAGAAUAUAUCAGCUUUUGCACUGCCUGUAAUUGAUAACAGAUUAGAUGGAACUUUCAAGAUAGCUCGAAUAAUCAGUGCAGAAACUCAGGUUGUUGAUGGUGUAAUUUAUUACAUCCGGCUAGAAGUUUGUAGAACCAACUCCAACAGUGGAGAAGAUGAUGCCAGUUCUGCUUGCAUUACAACAGGAGAACCGAACCAGCAAGUGUGUGAUGUACAGGUGUUGGACAUACCAUGGCUGCCUAAACGUGAAGUUACACAAGUAAAUUGCAUUCCAAUAAAUUCAAGUCGGAAAAAGAGAGGAAUUCUGCUGAAGUCACAUCAAUUUCCUUCGUAGCUACUGAUCUUAAACAACAUUGAUCUUGAUAACUUCCAGAAUGGACAUCAUAUAUUCAUAUUUCACAUGAAAACAGACAAAUUGUUUAAAUCAGAGCCCAUCUAAAGUUGUUGAAACAUGGGUAUAGAGAAAUGGCAUGAUGUGCCUAAUCUACGCUUAAAUCUAAAGCAUGAAAAGAUCCAUAUACUGUGAAGAAGGAUGGAUAAAUUAAUAAAAAAAUUAAAAGCACUUUGUAACUUGUUUUUUAUAUAUUAUACAAAAUUCAAGUAGAUUAAUGUAAAAGAUAGAAAAGAAAUAAUAAAGGAAGUUUUAAAUUACAAUGUA